CGUUUGCAGUAAGAAACAACCGGCGGUCUGAAAGUGACCGGUGAUGGUUUCUUUCGGUGAUGCUUCGCGAUGGGAAGUUCAACCAGGGCGCGAUACUCCAGGUGUUGCUCAGCUUUCUCACCAAGCCAGAAUUGUCUGACAACAUCAUGUGAGUCACGGAAUGCUCGCAGGUCAGCAACGCAAGCUCAAACGUCAAAAUUUUGGAUGGAGUAGGUAGUGGAGAAGCAGAUAGAACAGCUAGCUGCUUUCUGGACAAUUCCUUCAGAAUGAAGAAGGUGGCGGUUGUGGUUGGGGCUGGUGACGCAACAGGUGGCGCGAUUGCCGAGCGCUUUGCGGCUGAGGGGUACGCUGUCUGCGCCGUUCGCAGGAAUGGAGACAAGCUGGCUCCGCUUGUAGCCAGAAUUGAGGAGAGUGGGGGCCAGGCGCAUGCGUUUGGCGUGGAUGCCAGGAUCGAAGAAGACAUGGUCGCGCUCUUUGACAAGAUCGAAGUGGAAGUGGGGCCGAUCGAGGUCGCCGUUUUCAACGUGGGGGCAAAUGUCUCCUUCAGCAUCCUCGAAACAACCGGCCGAGUCUACCGCAAGGUGUGGGAAAUGGCCUGCUUCGCUGGAUUUCUGACCGGCCGAGAAGCCGCCCGGCGUAUGGUAAAACGGGAGGCCGGAACAAUCAUCUUCACCAGUGCGACCGCGAGCAUACGAGGGGCUCCGGGGUUUGCGGCUUUUUCAGGAGCCAAGCACGGUCUCCGAGCGCUCGCGCAGAGCAUGGCCCGCGAGCUGGGGCCACGUGGCAUCCACGUGGCCCACGUGGUCAUCGACGGGGCGAUCGACACCGCCUGGAUCCGAGAGAACUUCCCAGAGACAGCGGCGCUCAAAGCCGAAGACGGCGUUCUCAAUCCAAUAGAUAUUGCGGAGGCGUAUUGGCGGAUACACUGCCAGCCACGGAGCGCGUGGAGCCACGAACUAGACCUGCGACCCUGGAAGGAAAAAUGGUGAAGAGUGCGUAUAAGGGACGAUCCUGAUGGGGUGGCACAUAACGUCGUUUCGGGUUAAGUGGGAGUUCAGAGAUAAAGUAGACCGUUACGAUUGCUCAAAAGUCUCUUUGUAAAAUAUGGAGUAGGUUUCUGAUGGUGAUGGACGCGAGUACGGUAAAGCCGAAUGUAAGUGGGGUGUAGGCUUCGGUACCCAAAAAAGAUAAGCCGCUUGACCAUGUGCGAAACUGUGAGCCCCUCAUUUGGCUACAUAGAUGGCCACAACUUUUUUGAUCGGGCAGCCUGGCAGGCGAUUGCGAUUUUGUAGAUUUUUACUCUUUUGAUCGGACUCUUGAUCCGUACGUGUAGUCUGUAUCCUACUCAUUGGCCCUCUUGCAACUGAUCGGAAUCGAGGGUCGCCAACCAGCCAGAAUCGUCACCGUUAUAUACGGCCUUUGCCACU